AUGUCCACAACAUCUUUGUCCCUCUCUGAGGACAAUGUAAAGAGGCGGUUCUGUAGAGAGUCAUUAAGCCUGAGCAGCAGAGGCUCGUACAGCAUCUGUUGGAGGUGGAGUGGUGAUGGAUCGGAGAGCCCAAACGAACAGGGCAGUUGUGGCAACCACUGUUUGUCCAGGUCUGACAGCCUCGAAGAGUGGAUGAGCCCUCCGCUGCCAGGUCAAGUUCCUGUUGAGCCAACAGAGACUUCAAAUGGCCGAACUGCCCAGGGUGCCAUGGAGUCUUCUCCUGUGAACAAGAACUCAACAGAAAAACCUACAGAAUGGAGGAAGAGGAAAAGAUUUCGAUCUUUCUUGAAGAUGCUGUGGAAGGCCAUGAAGAGUCCUUUCAGCUGCUGUUGCCACAGUAGUGCUGUGGAUGUUGUGGAGCCUUUUGUCCCUCCACCAGAUCUGGAGCCGUCACCUGAUCCUGAGCCGUCACCUGAUCACUCCGGAGUCAAGACAAAUAAUGAGUCCUUUGAGUCUCUCUUUAACGUGGGAGAGAUGAUUGGAUCCGGAGGAUUUGGCAGGGUGUACGAGGGGACACGCAAAUUUGAUGGCAAAAAGGUUGCCAUCAAGCGGAUACGCAAGACUGCCAACAACCGUUAUCUUGAUAUUCCUGGGCAUCCCGAACCUCUCGUUACAGAAGUGGCGCUGCUGCUAAUGAUGAGGCAAGAACCCAUAAGCCCCUACAUCAUACAACUGUACAAUUGGUUUGAACAUCCUCGAAAAUUCACUCUGGUUAUGGAGUACCCUGAACCCUGCGAGAGCUUGCUGGACUUCAUCAUUCGUCAUCCUCAACUGGACGAAACAACAGCACAGGUCAUCAUGCGACAGGCUGUGCUGGCAGUACAACACUGCAUUGAGCAUGGCGUUUUUCAUAAUGAUGUUCAUGCGCAGAACUUCCUGUUGAAGAAAAACACGUUAGAGCUCAAGCUGAUAGACUUUGGCUGCGGUCAGCUGUUUAGUAGCGAUGGCUACGAGAGCAACAUAUACCUUGGAUUACUGGAUUACUGCCCACCUGAAGUCUUCGCAGAACCGAGAUUCCACGCCGUCGCAGCGAACGUCUGGGCUCUAGGAGUGUUGUUGUAUGAGAUGGUGAACGCAUGUUCUCCUUUUUGGGAUAGAAUGGAAAUCAAACAAGCUAAAGUUACAUUUCAGAACACCAACUUAUCCAAAGAAUGCAGUGAUCUGAUUAGCCAGUGCCUAACCCGGGAUCCAACUAAACGGCCGACAUUAGAGCAGAUCUUACAACAUCAAUGGAUUAGAAAUGAUCUAGAUUGAAGAAGCUCAGGAGAUUCACUCGAUCAGUGAUUUCAGGAAAUAACAUGCUUGCUGUCCUUGGUGGAGGACUUGAGCUCGAGACUUGACCCGAAGCCUGAAGUCCAACCCCAACCUGACAGGAACUCAAGCCGCCACACCAGAGAUCAGAGCCUGUCCACGUCUGAGCAAGAACAGAGAGACUGCAAGACAUCAAUUCAUCACAGACACAUUUGUUUUGUUUUUAAAAGUCAAGACAUCUUUAUUUACAUAGCACUUUUUUAUAUGACCAAUCUGUAUAUAUGUAUAUAUAAUCUGUAUAUGAUC